AGCCCCAUCCUACCCAAGGACUUCAAUGCGAACCAACCCAAGACCAUUCGCCUUUACCCUCUCAGCAACUACACAUUUGGCACCAAAGAUGGUCAGCCAGAAGAAGAUCCGUCAGUUUUGGCGCGUCUAAAGCGGUUGGAGGAACACUACCAAGAACAUGGGAUGCGCCGGACGUGUGAGGGCAUCCUGGUCUGCCAUGAGCACAACCACCCUCACAUUCUCAUGUUGCAGAUUGCGAAUGCUUUUUUCAAGCUUCCUGGUGACUACCUCCGUGCCGAAGACGACGAGAUCGAGGGCUUCAAGGCGAGGCUGAACGAGCGCCUUGCACCAGUUGGGACACAAUUCACAGGCGAGGGAGUCAAUGACGAGUGGCAAGUCGGCGACACACUCGCACAAUGGUGGCGGCCGAACUUCGAGACAUUCAUGUACCCAUUCAUCCCUGCACAUGUUACCAGACCGAAGGAGUGUAAGAAGCUCUACUUCAUCCAGCUUCCCCGCAGCAAAGUGCUCAGCGUCCCGAAGAACAUGAAGCUCCUGGCCGUCCCUCUAUUCGAACUAUACGACAACACAGCACGCUACGGACCACAGCUCUCAGCCAUCCCCCACUUGCUCUCGCGCUACAACUUCGAAUUUGUCGACGAAAACGGCAACGUAGCGGCAGUGACACCCGGCGUUGGACCACCAGACGGCUACGUACAAACGAAGGUCUUAGCAGGAGGGGAGGACGUCAAGAUGGACCAAAACGGAGACGGAGCAUCGAGCGAUAUCACACUAUCGUAG